GAGACAGGACAGGUAGAGAAGGACAGGGCAGGUAGAUACUACCUCCACACACAGGACGGUUACAGCAGAGGCUCUGUAAUUGCAGGACAGGUACAGGUAGACAGCAACAGGGCAGGUAAAUACUACCUCCCCACACAGGUAACAGCAGUGACUCCACACAGGCAGGACAGGUAGAGAGGGACAGAAGAGUGAUUCUGCUCUACACAGUACAGAAACAGCAGCGGUUUCACGCUGACAGGGCAGAUUAGCUCCCUCCGAGACAGGUAGAUACCAUAUGGAACAAUAACGCCAGUGACUCUUAACGGACUGGACCAGCACUGGGACAGACACUGCCACCUUCCCUCAGCCCUGAACAACCCGGUGCUCCAGGACUCCGACGGUCUUGGGAUUUGGUGACAUUUUUUCCUUUUUUCCCUUGCAACAUCACUGAAAGCAUGCAGCAUUUGAAUCCAGUAGGACUUUGGUAAAAUCUCCUGGGGCCAGAGGAAAAAAGAACAAAUCCAGAUAUUCUCCAGCACACCACCACAGUGACAAUCAUCCUACACACACACAUACACACACAAACUCCAACAACAUGAACACUGUCAGGGAGCGCAAGCCCAAAAAACCCCACUACAUCCCCCGGCCCCUGGGCAAGCCCUUCAAGUACCACUGCUUUCAGUGCCCCUUCACCUGCAAUGAGAAGUCCCACCUCUUCAACCACAUGAAGUAUGACCUGUGCAAGAACUCCAUCUCUCUGGUGUCCAAGAUGGCCAAACCAUCCACCCAGGACCCCUCCUCGGCCCGUGUCAGCGCAGAGAGGACGAGCACGCCCACAGCCGCAACCGCAACCACGCCGCCGCCCCCGCCCCCGCCCGUGUCUUCUGUGACUGCAAACAUGAGGGCAUCCACACCUGUGACCACAACCAUAACCACGCCCACAACCACGCCCGCCACCACACCGCAUCCCAAGGAGGACAAUGCGGCCCACAGAGUGGAGUCGCCGCCGCAGCCGAGGAGCACGGAGGAGGAACGGAAAGAGGACCAGUUCGCCCCCACGGGAGAUCAGAGUCCUCCAGGUGCAAAGGCAAGAUUAACGGGCAAUGAGGCAGAGAGGCAGCAGUCGGAGACCCUGACCCGCCCCUCAGCUUUCUCACCAAUCACCACGCGCCGAGACAGCGACAAGGAGUUGACGCCGGCUGCGCACAAACCAGAGGGCUUCCCUUCUCCCAUUCCUCCCCUCUACCAUCCCACCCCUACCUGGAGACCGCCCUUCGUGCCCCCACCGAGCUUCGAACACAAACCCCCGUCCCAGGACAAGAUGGCGAGCCCCGGCCAACCCCCUUCCGUUAUUCCGGAGUACGCCCCCUAUGUGUUCCCCGAGCACCCCCUGCACCCCUUCUACCAGCCCUACCUGCUGCCGGCCAACCUCCACGAGCAGGACAGGAUGCACCCCAUUCGCCCCUACAUCCUGGACCUUCAGAGACCCCUGCUGCCCCGCCCCCUGUUCCCUACCCACGCACCCCUCCCGCUUUCAGAACACCACUACAGGUACUGCCAGUCCCUCCACCAGGCCGUGCCUUUCCAGUAUGGACUGUACCGCUCCCCCGAAUCGCAACACCAGCCCUCUUUCCCAGAGUCCGGCCCCCUCUCCCUGGAGACGUAUGCCCGACACCUGGGGCCAGGGGAGUAUGGGGCCUACCCUCACCUCUACACCCAAGUUGAUACUCAUGGCAGACUCCCUAAAGACUGCCUAGCGGGGAGAGGAGUGGGCCCUGGGGUGGGCAGACAGGACCAAGGUGAGGGGAAGAGACCAAGAAUGAGCCCCAAGGCUGGCUGUGCUGCCUCAGGAUCGCCUGACCGGCCCAGCGCCACUGAUUUCACCCAAAAAGACUCCAUUACCCAUGAUUCUCUCUCAGGGGAAACAGUAUCUCUCACUUCCCACCAAUCAGAGGGCGGUAGUCCCACUAUGCAGCCAAUCAGAGAAUCAGCCAACCUGGAGAGCUCACUGCAAAGCUCAAAGCAAGAGGGCAAUCUGCAACAGGCAAACAGGACAUCGGAGAGGACAGUUGAGCAGCCUGACACUGCCUCCUCAGAGUCCGAUCCUAAGAAGAUGUCAGAAAACGAGGAGGAGGAGGAGGCAGGGGACGAAGAAGAGGAUGAGGAGGACAUGGUUCCACUCAACCUUUCCAAGAGGGACCAUGCUAGAGCAGACCACGUCACUGACCUCCACACCAGCAGGGGGAGCUCUCCCAAGUUGCAGGACAUGCUGCAGGACAUGCCUCUGAACCUGUCCUUAAGGGCAUCCCCGGGCGCUGCACCUGGUGCUCCCCUCUCCCGCUCCCAAAGCCCUCAGCAGGGAGAGGCGAACAGGUGCCAUCAACCGCCGUGCGACGACAGCGCCGCCGACCUCCAAACAUGCGACGAGCAGAAACAGACGGCGGCUUUCGCCCUGUGUCAGCUGGCCAGCUCCAGCCACUGCGGCCUGCGCACAGACACCCCACCCGACACUCACUCGGCUGACUCCGCCACCCCGACCACCUGCCCCUCCCCGGCGGCGGAGCCCGCAGCGGCGUGCAAGCCAACGGAGCAGGGCGGCAGGGUCAAAGGUCAGAAGAGGGCCAGCUCCGGGGGAGCCAACAGACCGCCCCAGCAGCAGCAGGCGAAGACGGCCAAGACGUCCAACUCCAGCCGGACGCUGAGGAAGAGGCCGCGGUGCUCCUGAUAAGUAAAGCCGGCA